AUGUUUGGUUUCGGAUUUGAGAUAUCAAAAUCUCAAACAGAAAACUCCCAAGUAACAUAUUACAAGAAAAGUACCACGUGCCGGUAUGGCGGUGCUGCGGUAGGCCUAGGUCACUCCGGUGUAUAUUGGGUCCGCCCCGCCUACGUCUUCUCACCUCCGGUUAUCCUCUCCAACUCUCAAGGCAACCGCCGGUCGGCUCCUCUCUACAGCACCUCAACUCUCGAAUCUAAUCAAUCGAGAAAGAAACUCUGUACCUUCCACCACUACCGUAUCAGUCGGUGUGUUGAGGGCGCCAGUCCAUCCUUCGAAGUCACCCGCCCGGCUGCAAUGUGUGCUCUACACACAUAA